AUGCAAGCCAAUUAUACAACGAGACAUGCAGCAGGGACAAUGGCGCUAAUGUCAUGCAAGUUCGGAUAUAUCAGCUCAUUCCCUUUUUUGGUUUUCUGUCAGUCAAAUGGCAAAUGGAACGACAAACUUGGUGAUUGUAUUUUAAUUGCUAAGGCUUGCGAACCUCACGAUACUGAGUCCGGUGUCAUUUACAUGCCUGUAAGCAUUUGCAAUAAUAAACUACAUGUGCCAGAUGAGGAGGGAUACUCUGAGAAGGUUUCCGAGGACCAGCUGGUCUCGUUAAAUGGUUGUAAGAUUUCAAUCACAUUUAGGAUGUCGGUGUAG